AUGAACUGUAUGAUUAAUGCUGCGGGCAAAAAUCGUCGGAUAGCUUUUGCGAUCGUUAUCGGUUGCUGGGUGGUGGUUCUGCUGCUGGCUCAGAACAACGGUGCCGACGGGCGGGUGUACAAACGAUGCGAGCUGGCACGUGAGCUGAAGCUGAAACAGGUGCCGGAGGAUCAGAUUGCCGACUGGUUGUGUAUCGCCGAGCACGGGUCCAGUUUUAACAGUUCGGCUGUCAAUUUGAAGUAUAAACGAUUCGGUGGCUCAGCCUACUAUGGGAUAUUUCAGAUUAGUGAUUUAUAUGGUUGCUUGAAAAGUAGUUCGAUUUGUGGUUUGACGUGUGCCGAUUUGAGAGAUGAUGAAGUGGAUGAUGACAUCGAUUGUAUGCGGAGAAUUUUCGGCGAGUAUAGUCGUGAGAUUGGGGAUGGUUUCGCGGCUUGGCCCGCACAUAAAACGUAUUGCCGGGAUCCGGCGGCGAAGGCCGACGCGUUCGAUGGUUGUUUGAACGAGGAAGUACUUCGCUUUCAAGCGUACUACAAGAAGAAAAAAGCCAAAGCACGCAAGGAAGAUUUAGUGCUGCGCACUCCCGCCGGUAAGGUGUUCGAUCGUUGCGAGCUGGCCGUGGAGCUUCGGGAUAAAUUUAAGCUUCCUGAAGAGCAGAUCGCUACAUGGGUGUGCAUAGCCUAUCACGAGAGUCGUUUUAACACCUCCGCCGAAGGUCGCUUGAAUGCAGAUGGUAGUGGUGAUCAUGGCCUGUUUCAGAUCAGUGAUAUCUAUUGGUGUUCUGCCUCAGGUGGGCCCGGUAAAGCUUGCGGGGUGACGUGUGAAGAUAUGCGUGACAAUGAUAUUAGUGAUGAUAUUCGUUGUUUGAAACAAAUUUAUCAAGAACAUCAGCGAAUUUCCGGUAAUGGAUUUACGGCGUGGACAGUUUAUAGGCCAUAUUGUCAGGGAAGGGAGGAGAGUUUCGUGCAUAAUUGUUUCGAUGAGAUAGCGCCGACGACGGCGAUUCGACCGAGACCGGGAAUUACUGCUCCGACGCGACCUUCGGGAAAGAAAGCCGGCGUUCCAACGCCGGUUGGAAAGAUUUACGAUCGUUGUGAACUGGCGAAUGACCUGCGGCACAAAUAUAAUUUGCCUAAGGAGCAAAUUGCAACUUGGGUGUGCAUUGCCUAUCAUGAGAGUGCGUUUAAUACAUCGGCCGAAGGCCGAUUGAAUGCGGAUGGUAGUGGCGAUCAUGGUUUGUUUCAGAUCAGUGACAUUUACUGGUGUUCUCCACCCGGGAACGGAUGGGCUUGCUCGGUGACAUGCGACGCGUUAAAAGAUAAUGACAUCUCCGAUGAUGUCGCGUGCAUUCGAACAAUUUACGAGGAGCAUCAACGUUUGUCAGGCGAUGGAUUUAAUGCGUGGUCUGUUUAUCAACCGCACUGCAAGGGUAGAGCUGAAAGUUUCGCCCAGGGUUGUUUCGGUACGGACGAUGAUCGUCCGGUAACAACAGCGACUCUGCCGAAACCUGCCAUCACAGCUCCAGCUAGAAUACCGCCUAGGAAAACCUCUGCCAGCAGAGGGAAAGUCUACACCCGUUGUGAGUUGGCCAGAGAACUUUACUUCAAACAUCAGUACUCGAUCGAGGACGCCGCCACAUGGACUUGCAUCGCACAGUACCAAUCUAACUUCGAUACUGCCGCUGUUGGAGGGGAAGCCGGUGGUGUGAGAUACCAUGGAAUGUUUCAACUCAGCGACGAAUUCUGGUGUUCACCCCCGGGACGAGGUUGGGUUUGUGGGUUGCCUUGUUCCGAUUUGGAAGAUGACGAUAUUACGGACGAUCUUGCCUGCAUGAGACACAUCUUCGAAGAACACCAACGAAUCUCCGGGGACGGAUUCAACGCCUGGACUGUGUAUCAACCGUAUUGCAAAGGAAAAGCUCGCAGUAUGAUCAGUGGAUGUUUCGACGAGGAUGAGAAUGCUUUGGUCCCUACGACAACGACCCGACGACCGACGAAGAACAAGAAUGUCGGCGUUGGAAAAGUGUACGAACGCUGCGAACUGGCACGGGAAUUGUACUACAAACAUCGUAUGCCAUUCGAACAAAUUGCAACUUGGGUUUGCAUUGCUCACAGGGAGUCUAACUAUAAUGUUUCUGCCAUCGGCAGACUGAAUGCCGAUGGAAGUGAAGAUCAUGGAUUGUUUCAAAUUAGCGACAUCUACUGGUGCUCUCCUCCGGGAAAAGGUUGGGUUUGCAAUUUAGCUUGCUCGGACUUGGAAGAUAACGAUAUAAGCGAUGACCUGGAGUGCAUGAAAAUCAUUUUCGAGGAGCACACGAGACUCUCCGGAGAUGGUUUUACUGCUUGGGCUGUCUACAACCCUUACUGUAAAGGCAAAUCCGAUCAUUACAUAGAUGGCUGCUUUGAUGAACCUACUACAACUGCUACUAGACCCACUACAACAACUACUGCUACUACUACUACUCGACCCACAACUACUACAACCACUACCACCACUGAACGUAUCAUAACCACUCCAAAAACUACCAGAACAAGUACGGUUCGAACAACCACUGUCACCACCAAACGACCAACGUUCAGUUGGUUCACAACUCCAACCACAAAAACCACUGCCAAAUUUGCUUUUACAACACCAAAACCAAAUUGGAGUACAACCACGUGGAAAUCAACACUGCCACCGACCGUUCCCCGAAAAACUACUACCACCACUGCCACCCUGCGCCCUACCAUCGGAUCAACAAAGUCCACUACCAGCCUCUACGACUUUUAUCUCCAUCAAUUCGGUCGACCAAAAAGUACCCAUAAGGUAACCUACGCUCCGUUCACAACCAGAACAACCAGCGUUAGGCCAAUUUCCACCGCAUCAACUGCCAAAACAACAAGACCCAACUGGUUCCAGCAACCGUAUCUUCAACAACAAAGCAUCACAAGUCGGUCUACGACGACUAGCCGUCCAAUCCCCACCAUCACUACCACCGCUAAGUAUUCAAGAUUUAAUCAAUUUUUCGAUCAUUUUAAACACGAUGCCCCCGUGGUGCUGACACUUCCCCACAUGUCGGGUGCCGAUGAGCAGUACGGCAGUUUGAUCGAAGGAUUCCACCCCGAUCCGGAAACGUUAACCGGCGCCCCACUGAACGGUGGCAAACGUGUUCAAUUCAACUUGUUCCUGCGGAGAAUCGACUCGAUCCGGCUAACGGAUCGUCUACAAACCACCCUCUUUCCGGUGCUGUGGAUCGAGGAGGGAAUCUCCCUGAACGAGGACAUGGUCAAACUGAUCGACGACAGUUUGAUGAAGAUUCUCACUGCUGCUGCUGAUGCUGGCGAUCGUGAUGCCGAUCGUUUACUUUGCCAAGCGAAAACCACGGUCCACGUCGGGCACGGUAACGCCGAGCAUGACGACGACCACCAGUGCCGCCAACAUCCCGGAUAA